AACUCUCUCCCAAUCCCAUCAUCAUUAUCAUCAACAGAAAAUGCUCAUUGCAAACUAACUCCUCUUUAUUUUACUUUAUAUAGCUUUUUUACAAUUAUAAAUCUUCCGAUUUGUAAAUCAAAUUUAGCUAAAAACUUUGAAAAACCCGACACAGGGCAUUAAUGGGGAAUUGUCUUGCCGUGUCCACUUCUACAAGGGAUAUUUCCAAGAAAAGAAAAACUUUACCCAUUGAAACCUUCUUCAAGCUUCCCUCUCCAUUGCCUUCUUGGCCUUCAGGUGAAGGAUUUGCAACUGGUGUUAUUGAUCUUGGUGGUGGAUUACAAGUCUGUCAAAUUUCAUCUUUCACCAAAGUUUGGUCCACCAAUGAAGGAGGACCUGGCAAUCUCGGAGCCAGCUUUUUUGAACCGUCUUCUUUACCAGAAGGAUUCCAUAGUCUAGGAUUUUACUGCCAGCCAAACAACACGCCUUUCUUCGGUUGGACACUCGCUGCGAAAGAAGACGACCACCCCUCCAAUGAAAUUCUCAAGAACCCAGUUGAUUACACUCUGGUUUGGAGUAGUGAGUCGUUGAAGAUCAAGAAAGAUGGCAAUGGCUACUUCUGGUUACCAACUCCUCCAGAUGGUUACAAAUCAACCGGAGUUGUUGUCACAACCUCGCCGGAAAAGCCUUCAGUCGAAAAAAUCCGGUGUGUUCGGUUGGAUUUCACCGAUGAAUGCGAAGCCGAUACGUGGAUCUGGGGACCAAGCAAGACGAAUGAUGCAAAUGGGUUCAAUGCAUAUGGUCUCAGACCCAAAAACAAAGGUACACAAGCUAUGGGUGUUCGUGUAGGAACAUUCAUAGCCCAAAAUGGUGGAGGAGGAGCUACUACUUUACCUUCUUCAUUAGCUUGUUUGAAGAACACUAAUUCUUCAAUCACAUCUUCCAUGCCUAACAAAAACCAGAUCGACGCAAUCUUUCAAGCUUAUUCACCAUUUUUAUACUUCCAUCCUGAUGAAAAGCACCUUCCAUCCUCUGUAACAUGGUAUUUCGCAAAUGGAGCUCUUCUGUAUCACAAAACAGAGGAAUCAAAACCUGUUCCGAUUGAACCAAAUGGGUCUAAUCUUCCUCAAGGUGGUCAAAACGACGGCACUUAUUGGUUGGAUCUUCCUGUUGAUAAAGCAGAAAAGGAAAGGGUAAAGAAAGGGGAUUUGCAGAGCUCAGAGGUUUAUCUACACGCAAAGCCAAUGCUUGGAGGAACUUUCACUGACAUAGCCAUUUGGCUUUUUUACCCUUUCAAUGGCCCUUCAACAGCCAAGGUGGAGAUCAUCGAUGUUCCACUGGGGAAGAUAGGAGAGCAUAUAGGAGAUUGGGAACAUUUAACACUGAGAGUGAGCAAUUUCAAUGGCGAGCUAUGGAGGGCUUAUUUCUCAGAACACAGUGGGGGUACAUGGGUUGAUGCAUCUGAGCUCGAAUUCCAUAGCGGGAACAAAUUGGUUGGUUAUGCUUCGUUGAAUGGACAUGCUUUGUAUUCCAAACCUGGACUUGUUUUGCAAGGGAGUAAUGGGAUUGGGAUACGGAACGAUACCGCGAAGAGCAAGCUAACGAUGGAUAUGGGAUCGAGGUACUCUGUAGUUGCGGCAGAGUAUUUGGGUUCUGAUAUCACAGAGCCUCCAUGGCUGAACUAUUUGAGGAAAUGGGGUCCGAAGAUUGACUAUAAUAUUGCAGAGGAAGCGAAGAAGGUGGAGAAGCUAUUGCCUGGGAGACUGAAAACCGCGUUUGAGAAGUUUGUGAAUAGUCUUCCCAAUGAGAUAUUUGGUGAAGAAGGACCUACGGGUCCUAAAGUGAAAAUGAAUUGGAGUGGAGAUGAACCAUGAACAAUUCUUCAUCAUCAUCAUCUUAUAGAUUAAAGAACAUGUAUUAUUUUAAAUUACUAGAAAUAUUGCAUUGAUUUAAUUUGUAAUCCCAAUAGCCAAGAAUUUUUAGUUUGUGGGGGCAUCAAUUCCAUCUGGUAUAUUGCCUCCUGACAAGUGUGUUUAAUGAAUAUGAUAAGCCUUGUGUUGUGUAUUUAUUUAAUAUGCAUUUAUACAUGUUGAAUGAAAUAAUUACAUAUUUUGUUUUAGAA